GGGGCCGAGGUCGGGACAGGGGUCUACUAUCUGGGGUCCUGGGUCCGGAGUUUGGGGUCCGGGUUCCCGGCCAGCUGUCCAGGCCUAGGGUCCAGUCCGAGGUUUGGGAUCCGAGCCCGCCGUCCUUCCUGGGCUCCGCUGGCCCGUUUUGACGCGUUGUACAUGUGUUGUGGACACCUGACCAGAAGCACUUCUGAAUUAAGAUCUGAGGUUUCUUUGGGGUGACAUUGAAGACCACUGAGACCACAAGAUGAGUGAACUUGACCAGUUACGGCAGGAGGCUGAACAGCUUAAAAACCAAAUUAGAGAUGCUAGAAAAGCAUGUGCAGAUGCAACUCUUUCUCAGAUCACGAACAACAUUGACCCAGUGGGAAGAAUCCAAAUGCGCACCAGGAGAACACUGAGGGGCCACUUGGCCAAGAUUUAUGCCAUGCACUGGGGCACAGACUCCAGGCUUCUUGUUAGUGCCUCACAGGAUGGCAAACUCAUCAUCUGGGAUAGCUACACCACAAACAAGGUCCAUGCCAUCCCUCUGCGCUCCUCGUGGGUCAUGACCUGUGCGUAUGCCCCCUCUGGGAACUACGUGGCCUGUGGUGGCUUGGAUAACAUUUGCUCCAUUUACAAUCUGAAAACUCGUGAAGGGAAUGUACGUGUGAGUCGUGAACUGGCUGGACAUACAGGUUACCUGUCCUGCUGCCGUUUCCUGGAUGACAAUCAGAUUGUUACCAGCUCUGGAGACACCACCUGUGCUCUGUGGGACAUUGAGACCGGCCAGCAGACAACCACGUUCACUGGACACACUGGGGAUGUUAUGAGCCUUUCUCUUGCUCCUGACACCAGACUAUUUGUUUCUGGUGCUUGUGAUGCUUCAGCCAAACUCUGGGAUGUGCGAGAAGGGAUGUGCCGGCAAACAUUCACUGGCCAUGAGUCCGACAUCAAUGCCAUCUGUUUCUUUCCAAAUGGCAAUGCAUUUGCCACUGGCUCAGAUGAUGCGACCUGCAGGCUGUUUGACCUCCGUGCAGAUCAGGAGCUCAUGACCUACUCCCACGACAACAUCAUAUGUGGAAUCACCUCUGUCUCCUUCUCCAAGAGUGGGCGCCUCCUUCUCGCAGGGUACGAUGACUUCAACUGCAACGUCUGGGAUGCACUCAAAGCCGACAGGGCAGGUGUCUUGGCUGGGCAUGACAACCGUGUCAGCUGUCUUGGGGUGACUGAUGAUGGGAUGGCCGUGGCAACAGGGUCCUGGGAUAGCUUCCUCAAGAUCUGGAACUAAGACAGCUGUUGGACAUGCGGCGACUGGAAGACCAUUCCAACCUUGAAGCGUUCAGUGAUAGCAUUUCCAAUCCACCCCUACUAAUGUGGACGCCCUGCACCUCCCCCUCAGAACUUCAAAAGGGCAAGAUCUUUUUCCUUCACUUAUUGCUGAAACCAAGAGCACAAUUCCUAUUAAGAGAAGAAUCUCUGUGCUGUAAACUAAAACAAAUUGUGCAUUCCUUCCAGGACCAUUGUCUUUGUUUUUUUCUUAUUUUUUUUUUUUUUGUUUUGAAUGAACUUAAAAGGAAAUACUAUAAUAAAAAUGUUAAUCAGAAGGUAAACUUGAGUAUAAUUGUGAGACAGACAUACCUUUUCACUAGCUCAUUUAAAUUUUAGAUCAGUAAUCCAGUUCUGUAAUGUUCAUGCAAAAUAAGUUAUCUUGUAACCAGUUCUAAAUUUCAGGUUGUUUGUAGCAGGAUUUUGAAAGCAUUCAUAGUUCCUUUUUAAAAUAAUAUUCCUUUUUUCUGUUGAAUAGCAAAGCAGAGAAAGAGAGUUGAGUACAUUCUCUCUGAAAUUGUCAAUGCUGUAAAUCUAGUCUCUGGGUUUUUCUGUUGUGUCUAGUGUCACACCGUUGUGCACAGAGGUGGUAUGUGGGGAAGGGGGGAGCGCUGAGAUGUGAGUGACCAGGCAGGUGCUGUCAUCCUGGGUGCAUGGUGACCAGUAAGCUCAAGUCAGGCACCGUUUUCUCCCUCUCCCUAUCUUCUACCUGCUCAGUUCAGUUUUUAAUCUCAGCUUGGGUUUCCUCAUGAAGUUGGAGGUCCAUUUCUCAUAAUAGCCUAACACUACCUGGUGUCCCACCCCCACCAUCAGAAGCCUCUGUUUUGAGGAGAGGCAUCACGUCCUGUGCUUGGAUAGUCAGUCAAUUAUUUGUGUAUGAAACAAUGUACAAAUCAAUGUUUUGAAAAUAAUGAUCUCAAACUUUCUAAGUUAAAUUUUAAAAAAAAAUUGAUCGUUUGCCAUACUGGGUGGGUUUCCUCUUAGAAUCGCAUGCUGUAGAAAUGCUCAAAAGUGCAUAUAGGACUCAGUCCUUAGAUGUUUUCUUUUAAGAAAUAACCUCUUUAAAGUUGUAACCAUUGCGACUCUAUCCACUUAUUGUUGCUACUCUGUGCACAGCCUCAGAAGCAGUACAGUAAGCAGCUCCACACUCACGAGCAGCAGCAUCAGUCACUGUUUUCCUUGUUUCUCGAAAAAAAGAAAAAAAAAAAAAAAAAGAAGUCCUAUCCCAAGUCAUCACUGUCAGGUGGGGGAGGUAAGGCAUGGCGACCCCUGGCCGCCUCCCUCUGGAAAUUCUCACGGCCUGCCUCUCCUACAGAGCAGCCUCUGGCAUCUGAGGCAGAUCAUUUUUCUAACACACAGCAUUUCCUGUUCCGAGUCCGGUGGGCAGCAGUUGUGGGCCCCUCCCUCUACCCAGGCACUCCUCCAUAGCAGCAGUAGUGGCUUCUGUCCAUCCUGUUUCCGCAACAUCCUGUACAAACUGUGCUGUGACCUGCGGCAGGCCUGGAUCUGGCAGAGAGAGUACAGACGAAACCCUUCCUUCUCUUUCCACUCCACCCUCUAGAGCUCUGCGCCCUCUCCCCUCACCUUUUGUAUUUAAUUUUAAGUCAGUGUACUGCAAGGAAGCUGGAUGCAAGAUAGAUACUAUAUUCAACUGUACUGUUAUUUAAGAUGUAAUAAAGCAGUUUGACAUGA